CUGGGAUGUUAUAUUUGUCAAGAAAACCAAUUUUAUGCGAUUGCUGUACAACCUCCGUCGUUUGGUGACGCUAUAGGCUUAGUGCGCAUGCCCAGUCUAAUCGGAAACAGUUUGUUUGCCCCAGAAGCAAUAAUUUUCAAAUAUGGGAGUGCCCGCGUUUUUUCGUUGGCUGAGCCGGAAGUACCCAUCCAUAAUUGUACAUUGCGUGGAGGAGAAGGGGAGGGAGUGUAAUGGAGUUCGUAUUCCUGUUGACACCACAAAACCAAACCCAAACGAGGUGGAAUUUGACAACUUGUACUUGGAUAUGAAUGGGAUCAUUCAUCCUUGCACACAUCCUGAAGACAAACCCGCUCCCAAAAAUGAAGAUGAAAUGAUGGUCGCCAUCUUUGAGUACAUCGAUCGCCUGUUUAAUAUUGUGCGCCCCAGAAGAGUUCUGUACAUGGCAAUUGAUGGCGUAGCUCCACGCGCCAAAAUGAACCAGCAGCGCUCCCGCCGGUUUCGGGCCUCCAAAGAAGGAGUUGAACUCACAGACGAGAAGCAUCGCAUAAGAGAGGAGAUCAUACAGAGAGGAGGUUAUCUUCCUCCUGAAGAAAUCAAGGAGAGAUUCGACAGCAACUGCAUCACUCCAGGAACAGAGUUCAUGGACAACCUGGCCCACUGUCUUCGGUACUAUGUAGCUGAAAGGCUCAGCAAUGAUCCUGGAUGGAAGAAUGUUGUUGUCUUCCUGUCUGACGCCAGCGUUCCAGGAGAAGGAGAGCACAAGAUUAUGGAUUUUAUCCGGAGACAGAGAGCUCAACCUAAUCAUGACCCAAACACGCAUCACUGCCUCUGUGGAGCUGAUGCUGACCUGAUCAUGCUCGGCUUGGCCACUCACGAACCAAACUUCACCAUCAUCAGAGAGGAGUUUAAACCCAACAAGCCACGCCCCUGCUCUCUCUGUGGACAGACAGGUCACGAGAUGAAGGACUGUCAAGGUGUGGCGAGAGAGAAGCAAGGACAGCACGAUGAGUUUGCCGACACAAUGCCAGUGUCAGAGCAGGAGUUCAUAUUCAUCCGAUUGUGUGUUCUGAGAGAGUAUUUGGAAAGAGAGCUGACCAUGGCCAGUCUGCCGUUCGCCUUCGACUUCGAGCGCAGUGUUGACGACUGGGUCUUCAUGUGUUUCUUUGUCGGGAACGACUUCUUACCUCAUCUGCCGUCCUUAGAAAUCAGAGAGGGAGCAAUAGAUCGUCUGGUCAACAUUUACAAAGACGUCGUUCACAAAACAGGAGGAUAUUUAACUCAAAACGGAUACGUCAACCUGGAGCGAGUUGAGAUGAUCAUGCAGGCUGUGGGCGUGGCCGAGGACAACAUCUUUAAGAAACGCAAAGAGGACGAGGAGAACUUCAGAAGGCGAAACAAAGAAAAAAGAAAGAGGAUGAAAGCGGAGCAGCAGGGUCCAUCUUACCUGACCACGGGCCAGUUUGCCCCUCAAGCCUUGGGAAGAAGGGAUGUUCCAGAACCCAUCCAGAACCCUCGAUACCAGGCCUACGACAUGAGGAUGAACCCCAGAGAGCAGAACAACAAGAACGCAGCUCAGUCUCUGAAAGCCAUGAUGAGGAACGAAGGCGGCACAUCUUCAGGUUCCAGUGAAAGCCAAGAUCGCAGAGCGCCCAAGAGAAAAGCUGAGGACAGUGACAGUGAUCCAGAGCCUGAAGACAAUGUGAGGCUGUGGGAAGAAGGCUGGAAGCAGAGAUACUACAAGAACAAGUUUGAUGUGGACGUGACAGACAGCGACUUCAGGAAGAAGGUGGUUCAGUCGUACGUGGAGGGGCUCUGCUGGGUGCUGCGGUAUUACUACCAGGGCUGUGCCUCCUGGAAGUGGUACUUCCCGUUCCACUACGCCCCGUUUGCCUCCGACUUCAAAGACAUUAAAGGAAUGUUCACAGAGUUUGAGAAGGACACCAAACCAUUCAAGCCUCUGGAGCAGCUGAUGAGUGUGUUUCCUGCUGCCAGUGGGAACUUCCUGCCGACAACAUGGAGGGAUCUCAUGGUCAGCCCGGAAUCUUCCAUCAUUGAUUUUUACCCUGAUGAUUUUGCCAUUGACCUCAAUGGCAAAAAGUACGCUUGGCAAGGUGUUGCUUUGUUGCCGUUUGUGGAUGAGCGGCGUCUGAGAGCCGCUCUGGCUGAAGUCUACCCUGAUCUCACGCCUGAGGAAGUGAGGAGAAACAGUCUGGGCAGCGACGUGUUGUUUGUCGGGAAGUCUCACUUGCUGUUUGACUUCAUCCACGAACUCUACCGUGAAGAAUGUAACAAGGGCACAGCGGUUCCCCCAGAGCUCUGCUUCGGGAUCCAGGGGUUAUUAAAUCUCGAUGAGAGUCCCGUUCUACCUGACAAGCCAGUCAAGUCUCCUAUUCCUACAUUGCGGGACAUUUCACAGAGUACUGCAGUCAGUAUUAAGUUCAAGGACCCUGAAUAUGCAGAUGGACAUGUGUUCAAAGCGGUCCUCCUCUCUGGGGCCAAGAUUCCCACUAAAGUCUUAAAACCAGGAGACUGGGAGAGAGGGAACAGGGGACAGUGGAGACCCCAGCUGGGAUUCAACCCCAACAGACAGCAGGCUCACCUGGACCAGUCUGGCUUCAGAGCUCUCGGUCACAGUCUGAACAGGAACCAGCACAGUGGAGGACAAUACAGCAACACUCCACCUCCAGGAAACUACCACCAAGGCAGCUACCGUCCACAGCACAGCGGCGGCCACCGGGGUUUUCAACAUUCCAGACCAAAUCCUCAGUUGGGAGCAUCGCAACCUUUCCAACAGCCACAGUUUCCAAGGCAGCAACAGUACGGGGGCGGCGGCGACGGCGACGGCGGCGGUGGACACGGAUGGAAUCGGGUGGUGCAGUCCCAGCCGUUGGCGUACCAGCAGAACCGGGAUCACGGAGGGCCGCGGCAGGACGGCUACCAGCAGCAGUACGAAUACCGCCGAGACGACUGGCAAGACCGCCGGGGCGAUCGAAGGGGCAACCGAGGACAGCAGGGCUACGGCUCCAGCAGAAGCUAUCCUCCUCCUCCACCAUCCAGACGCUACAACUGGAACUGAAAUCAAACGGGAACAAAUUAAUUUUAGGGGAUGACAACUUCUUUUGUUAGAAAAAAAACCUUUUUUUUCUACUCUUAAUGUACAGUGUUUUUCCCAUUUUUUUGCUCAACUUUAAAGAAAAGAAGUAAUUUGUCAUUUUUAUCAUGGACGUGUUUACCCUGUAAAAUGAAACUGAGUCAUGUACAAAGUGCCACACUGUGUUUGUUUUUGAGAGAAGUUUCUCCAAGCAGUUUGUGUUUAAAAAAAAGGAAUAAAAUAAUUGGUAGAAUA